AUGUCGGAAGAUUUAGCCUUGCAGUCUGCAGAUAUUAUUGCAGAAGUCAGUGCAGCUAUCGACAAUGCCUCGGAAGAGUUACGUCGUUUGAGUCUGGAGAUUUUCAAUAACCCCGAGCUGAUUUUCCGCGAAGUCAAAGCAUGCAAGUUAUUAUCUGACUGGUGCGAGAGUCGGGGUUGGUCGGUGAAACGAGGUGCCUAUGGCCUAGAGACUGCGUUUGAAGCUCGUUUCUCUACGGGCUCGGGUGGUCGAACCGUUUGCUUUAAUGCGGAAUACGAUGCACUGCCCGGCCUCGGCCACGCAUGCGGCCACAACCUCAUCGCAACAUCCUCUGUAGCAUCCGCCAUCGCCGUCGAAACCAUAAUGAAACGUCACUCUAUUAACGGCACCGUCAUCCUAAUGGGAACACCUGCCGAAGAAUCCGGCGGCGGAAAAUGGAUCAUGGCUAAUCAUGGUGCUUGGAAGGGCGUUGAUGCCUGUGUUAUGACGCACGGAAUGCCGACUUUCAGUACCCCGUUAUGUCUGACAAAAGCAUCCUGGAAGAUACGCGCAAAAUUCCAUGGUCUCGCGGCGCAUGCUGCGACAGCGCCGUGGAAGGGAUGCAAUGCAUGCGACGCCAUUGUAAAUGCGUAUACGGCAAUUUCGAUGCUGAGGCAACAUCUUGAAAAGGGACAGAGUAUACAGGCGUGUAUUUUGGAAGCUGGGAAAGCGUCAAAUAUCGUCCCGGAAUAUGCCGAGGGGCUUUUCAGUAUUCGUGCACCUACCAUGAAGAAACUAGAUGAACUGAAGGCUAGGUUUGAGCCGAUCUUUGGAGCGGCUGCUGACGCGACAGGGUGCACAGUGGAGUUGGAAUGGACUGCAUUGUACGAAGAUGUGGUAUCCAACAAUACUCUAGCCGAACAGUAUCGACAAUACAUGUUGCGUCACCUAGGCUUAACGCCGGAACAAAUGCCGACUCUCGCAGAGUCUCGGAUAGCUCAUGAUCAACCAGGAUGCUCUGACUUUGGAAGUUGCUCCUACAUCUGCCCCGGCAUUCAACCGAUGUUUGAGAUCAAAGCCACCGACUUCCCACACUCGAUCGGCUUUCGAGACGCGGCGUCUGGAGACUUUGCUCAUCAGGAAGCUCUUCGAGCGGGUAAAGCCAAUGCUCUGAUUUGCUUAGACGUCUUGACGAAUGACGGUUUUGCGGAGGUCAUGAGAGAUGAGUUCAUUGAGGCUAUGAAGGAGCGAGGUCGAUGGGGUGAAUCUGGAGAGAGCUUGUAG